AUGCCAGCUUGUCGUAUUAUAGUAAAGACUAUGUUAGGAGUCGAAGCAGAAAAAGAAAUAAUUAAAAUACCAUUAUCUGAUAGUACAAUGAGUCGAAGGAUUAUAAAUGUAUCAGAGGAUAUUGAGAAGCAGGUUAUUGAAGUUAUAUAGAGUGGAGAAUUAUUACACCUUUUACUAGUGUAAUCAUUUCAUUUAAUUGAUUAUUUUUUCUAUAUUUUCUUCCUCGCCAUUAAAAUAAUGCUAUGUUUUAAAUACCUUCUUAUAUUUCUUAAUAGCGCUCUGCCAUUAACGACCUUAAUUUUGAAGUUCCUUCCUCUACUAUAACCUCUUUAAACUAGAAAUUAUUUUUGUUUUUAAUCUGGAUAUCAAUUGGAUCACCUACUUCAAAAUGUUCACAUUUUCACUGUUCUAUCAUAUCAUAGUUUUUGCUUCUUUUACCUCUUAAUUAACUCCUCUUUUAUCUGAAUACUAUCUUUAACCUUAGAACUGUCUAUACUGGAAAUUAGUGAUCUCACUUUCCUCUUGAAUUAAAUCUCAGCUGGUGGUGGAAUAAAUUCACUAUCUAGAGUGUUUCUAUAUACUCCAUUAGAUAUUUAUUCCAAUCAAGACCAUUCUCUAAAGCUUUACAGAACACCUUUUUUACUGUUUGCAUAACUCGUUAUACCAUUUCGUUAGAUUGAGCCUAUACUGGAGAAGAAUUGGCUAAUUCUUUAUCAAACUUUUUGAAUUGCUCUAAUAUAAAUUGCCUGCCCCAUUCGAUUUCAUAACACGUGAUACCUAAAAUCUUGUGAAUAUAAAAACCAAUUUUGAUGUGACAAGUUUAAAAUAAAUUAUUUUUAACAAUGCUAUCUCAAAAUACUUUGAAAAAUAGUCCAUUACCAAUAAAAUAUUGUUAUUAUUAAUAUGAAAUAUGUCUAUGCCUGCAAUCUGCCAAUUUGCAUCUGGGGUUUCACUUGGUUUCAUAAAUUCUUUACUCUUUGCAUAUUGAGAUUUUGCACUCAGAAUACAACUUUUCACCUUUAACUCAAUUUCAUUUUUAUGUUUAGCAAAUAAAACAUUCUCUUAACCCUUAAUUUACAUCUCUGUAUGCCAAAUUUAUUGUAAUGUAUUUUAUUUAGAACUUCUAUUUGCAAAGAUAAUGGUACUACUGUUUUACUAUCCUUUAAUAAUAACCCAUUGCUAAUUACUAAUAAAUUACACACAAUUCCAACAAGCUUUUAAAUUGUCUAGUAUUUUACAAGAGCAUGGCCUGCUGCAAUCAAAUCUUUAAUGAGUUUUAAAUCACUGUUAUUCUUAGUCUCCUUUACAUAUUCGUCCAGUUUUGUGAUCGACCUAGGAAAAUGAUCUAUAGAGCUUUAAAUUUCAAAUUCGGCUACUUGUAAACUAUCAUUAUUUUCUUCAUGUAAAUUCUAAAUAAAUACUCUUGAAAGCGUGUCUGCUAUUUACAUAAGAGAAUCCUUUUUAAAUUGCAUAUUGAAUUAAUUUAUCUUAAGUUUUAUUCGCAUUAUCUACAAUCUCAAAGGUGUUUCUAUCAAUGAUUUUUUGAAUAUAUAAAAUUUACUAUAUUGAAUAUAUAUUUUAUAGAGAGAUGGGUGGCAGAAGAUUUGUGUUGAUGGUUGAGUAUUCACACGCGAGGGCGAAGGGAAAACAAAACAGAUAUCGUCUAUAAAAAUAUAUGUCAAUUUUGGGAUGUUACAUUAUUUCUAUUUUUUAUAGAUAAAUUUCUUUUUUCUAGUUUUUCUGAUAGUUUUUGGAUUUUCGCAUCUCUGCUUAAUUAUGACACGUACCAUUAACGAAACCCUAAAUAUUUAAGUCAAUUUCUAUUUUAGAUUCUGAGUGAAGUAAGGAAUGUAUUUGUUUUACAAUGAUGUUUAAUUUUUAUUUUUAGAUUUUGAGUGAAGCGAUCACUAUGAUGUAUAAUCUACUUGAACUUGGCGGCACCCAUGCAAUAGAAAUCAAAAAAACCUAUCCGACAAAUUUGUUGGUCAUAUUUUGGACAUUUUUGGAAAUUAUUUAUAAUUUGUUGGACGAUCGUUAAAAAGUUGUAGACAAUUAUCCAAAAGCACCGCUAACUUCACACCAACGGCUAACUUUUUCAAAAACUUCAAAAACCACACAGAACUGUUUAAUAGAGUUUAUUGGACAUUGUUGAAAAGGUCCCGCCGUUUGUUGGAUCUCGGUUUAUUAUAUACGAAUUUUUUAAAAAGUGCCGCUAAUUUCAUUCCCAAUUCGGCGAACUACUCCGAUUAAACUCAAACGUAAUCAUGUAUCUAUCAAUGAACCUACAACAAGCGGAGUAUCUUAAUCGUAUGGGUUCCAGGAGUAAUCAAACAAUUAGUUAAAUUUAUACAAAUUAAGCUACCACAUGAACAUAAGUAUCAUAAUUGAAAUCAUUAAUUAAUAUGAAAACAAAAUAGUUACUUACUUUUAUUUGAAUUAACUUGCAAAGUUAAACAAAAAAAAAGCCGAGUAGAGCAACUGUAAUAGUUAAGAAUAAAAUAUUCAAUGAAUAAAUAAAUGACACUUAACAUGAAUAUGUAUGAUUACAAAAAUGGGUAUAAACAUGAUAUUAUAAUAAACAAUGAUAAGAAAAAACCGAAAUUAGGAUUGCCAUUAAAUACGAAUACGGAGUAAUAAGAAAAACCCAAAAUAAUGAAAUAGUAUUAUAAUUUUAAAUGCAACAAUUGAAUGAAACAGUGUUCUUUUUUAAGGAAAAAAAAUUAAAAUUUUACUUUCCAUAGUAAGCAUUUUACACAUUCAAACAUAAACAAAUAAUCUAACAUCCUAACCUUAUCUUUUUUUUACGACAAACGGUUUUUACACUAAUAUAAUUUAUUGAUAUGACAUUCUAAUCGUGGUUAUACAUAAAUAACGUGGCGUUUCUGACGAUGCAUUCACGCACCAUUUUUAUCUGUUUUAUAAUUACCAAGCUUCGGUUGUUAUAUUAUUCUGUCGCGUAAUGAAGUAGCACUUAUUAGAAAUGAUUUUAUAAACAAAAACUAAACCUUUUUUUUCAAUUAACCGACAGCAGUGAGAGAUUAGUUUUUCACAUUGCUACCGCACUACUGCCAUCGUUUAUUAAUAAAUAUAAUUAAGUAAUGUUUUUUAAAAUCCUGUUUUCCCAUUCGCGAGCAAUAACAGUGGCUGCACCCGUCCCCAUUAUCCUAGGCAGGCUCACAUUAUUAACUACGCUUAUAUUAACUUAACUUAACUUGUACAUGACCUUGAGCCGGUGGCUGGGUCCUGUUGUUUAAAGACUUUGGUACCCAGGACUGGUGAGGCGGUUGCUCCUACGGCAACUGAUCAACUCUUGCCUCAGCUUACCUUAUCAUUUCAUCAUGCUCUUAAAAACUCAGUAUGUCCUCUACCAUGAAGUAGAAAUACUGUAAGCCCCGAAAGGAGGCUGCCUCUGAUCAUGUAAAGCCCGGUCAGAAUCCCAGGAUGGGAUGUCUUCUGGGCCUCAGAGUAGGUUUUGAACAUCACUGGGAACUAUGUUUUUUUCGUCAACAUACUCUCUGACGUCUUGCCGGUAGAGUUCUCAGUGAGGGCAUACGAAAAGCAUGUGCUCGACGGUGUCUUUAGGGUAUCGGCAGUAUAGACACUUCGUGUCUAGGGCUCGUCCCAUCCGGCAGAAGUAGUGCCUGAAGCACCCGUGACCUGUUAAGAUCUGCAUGACGUGAAAAGUGAGGUCCUCAGGUCAUCCCAAGACCCAUAUUCUCAGAUCCAGGAGAAUUCUGUGAGUCCACGCCGCCUUAAUCGUGCGGUUCCACCUGUUAGAUCACGCGUUGAUUACGAUGUUGCGUUCAGUGCGUCGUGUUAACAACUUUUCCACCAAAAGACUUGCCCGGAUUUCUAAGUGUAGCGCCUUUUCUGAAAGAAAGUCAGUCAAAUAUCUCUCACAACCUUAUUUUAGACUUGUUAGACAUUAUUUGAAAGUUGUUAGAAUUUGUUAGACUUUAUUUUCCAAGAUAUUCAAAAUAUGCGAUUUGUGGUGCCAACAUCACGUAGCACCAAACACAGGCUCAAAAUUGUUAAAACUGGUCUCAAAAUAAUAACACAUAUUUAAUAGAUUUUGUUUGAAAGUUGUUAGACGAUAUUUCCCAAAAUACAGGAAGUAUAAAAUGUGUGGUACCAGUUUCAUGUAACACCACACAAAAGCACAAAUUUGACGAAACUGAUCUCAAAAUAUUCACACAUAUUUGUUAGACGUUGUUCAAAAAUUCAAAAGUUCAAAAGAAUUUGUUAGACAUUUUUUUCCCUUUAUAUUAUUAAUAUAUCAAUGCUAUUUCAGAGCUAAAAUUACACUACUGGUCAUUAAUAGUGAUAAUAUUAUACAACAAACACAUACCACACAACAUUUAAAUUUAUUUAGCAUUUGAUAUAUAAUAUUAUUAUUUGUAAUUAGUAAUUAAUAAGUAAAGAGUAAGUAUAUCGAGACCAACAGGCGCGUCGCUCAUAUGCUAUCAACAGACAAGUAGUCUCGUUACAACGUCUGUACAGAUUAUUGUGUUUACACAAUACACAUAGUACAUUUGGUCCAAUUAACUGCUUUCCGUCCGCAAACAAUUUGAUUCUCACCCCCUAUUUUUCCUAUUAUAGGAGUGGAAUUUUCAAAAUAUAUUCCAUAAAGAAUCAAAGUCAGUUUCUUCUUUAAUUUUUUCAACAAUGCAACACAUUGUCAUUUGUUGGUUAAACCACAGCACAGUCGUUGCCCAUGAACACUAUCAAUUCAGUUUUUAAUACGUCUGAGAGGAACUGAGUUCACAAAAAUAAUUAAAUAAUUCAGUUUUUCGUUUUAGAUGUCAUACUCACAAAAAUUAACGUUUAUUUCUGGUAAAAUGCUGGAUGAACGAAGCACCGUAUGUUAUGUGACACUAAAUACAUUAAUAACAUAAAAUCUAUUUAAAUAAAUUACGUUAUAUAAAUUUAGGGCAUACUAAUAAAACAAGACAAUGUUGGUAUCAGUGGAUAUAUGACAAUUAUAGUAAUUAAUUAUAAUUAUUAACCAAUGUUUUUUUUUUUUCAAAAGCACUAUGUAAAUAUUAAAUAAAUUAAUUUGUUCGAACAUCAAAUAUACAUAUUUUAAUUUAAUUAAAACAUUAUAAUAAAUUCUGAUGUAAUUAAUAUUCAUUUUCAGUAGGAUAAUAUAUUUCAAUAAAAUAACUGAACACUUUGUUAGUAAAAUUCACAAAUAUAGGAUUAGAUAUAAUAAUGGAUUCACUUAUUGAUAAUAAAAUAUUUCACAUAUAUUUAUUUAUAAUUUUGACAUUUUUCAUUGACAAUUCGAGUAUGUAUUUAAUUGAUAUUCUUCUUUUCUAUUUUUCUAAUAUAUUCUAAUUUGUUAAUCUAAAUAUAAUACUCCUACAAAUUUAAUGAAGGUUUAGAUACGGUACCAUUAUCUGAUAUUAAGAUAGUAUGUUGCAUUUCUAAGAACAAUAACAUCGAUUCCAUUCCAAAAGAUAGUCCUUGUACAGCAGUUUCAUGGUAUAGUAGUGAUGAACGUAUGUAUUAAAAAUAAUUCAUAUAAACUAAAAUAAUAGAUUUAUACCUAUUUCCCAAUAAUUUAUGAAAAAUAACAUAAAUUAUAUUAUUAAAAGUUCAGUCUAGAAAAAAUAAACUUUAGGUAAAUUGUAUGAACAUGAUUUUAUAUAAAAUUAUAGUAUAUCAUUAAACUUAUUUUUACAUUGAUUCGAUCACGCCAAAAUUGAAAGUGUCCUCGAUGAUAUGGAUAUAUUCUGACUAUAAUUGUAUAUUUUAACCAUGCCGUUAAUAAUAACCGUACGUUAAAGAGACAACGGCAAGGAUCCACGACCGUGUGUCCUAAACAUAAAUAGCAGAAAUAUAUUUUUCAUUAUUCACUAUUUAAUUAUAAGUGUUUUUCAGCCAAACUGAAAAACAUUGAUUCACUAGCGGCAAAUCUAAAGAGAGUUUGUAUUUAUAACGAUAAAAAUUAUGGUUUCUACUCUAAAAAUUUAAAAACGGAUAAUAUGGAAUCAUUUAUAAAAGAUUUAAGCACAAUGAUAGACGAUAAACGCAUUGAUGUAUUAAUUUUUGAUAAUAUGUAUUUGGUAAUAAUAAUAAUUAAAACUUUGAUUUAGGUACCUAUUAUUUUAAUUAAUUAUAAACAUUAACAAUUUAGCCGUAUAACCCCUACGCGCUCGAUUACGCAGGAUACAAAGAACCCAUGCAAACAGACAUCUAUGGAUUAUUCAAAGCUCUACAAGUUAAUAAACCAAAUACAUUAUUUGGUUUAUUGAUCAGAACUUCACCAGAUCCAGGUAAUGUUUAUUAUACAAAGUAAAAAUGUAUGAUUUUUCGUAACAUAAAGAAAGAAAUAAAGUCAUAAAAUUGUUCAUAAUUUGAGGAGGCGUGGUCGUCUUUGAGAAUAAUAAAAAAUAAAAAGGGAUCAAUCCCUAAUAUGUCCAAAAAGAAGUGUGGAAAAUAUUGGGAGAAUUAUAGAGAUAGGCUGGUUAUGUGUUUUCAGUAGGCUGUUGCUUAAAGGGAACAUUUAAGACGAGUGGAGAAUGAGUUUUGUAAUACAUAUUUUUAUAGAGAAGAGAAAUGUACAACGAUGUGGAAAUUAUAUAGGAGGAAAAUUGAUGAAUCAUAAUAUUGAGAUAUGGGAAAAAUUAUAAAAUAGAGAAUAAAAAUGAGUCACCAAUAUCUAAGAAUCAUUUUGAUUUUGUGUCAAUGAAAUCAGCGGUGUUUUGUAGUCAAAUUUUAGUCAAAUUGUAGAAAAGUACUGAAAGAAGAAAAAACAUGAUGUACAUCGUUAAUUGUGAAUUUAGAGAAGUUAUAUGACAGAGUGCUGAGAAAGAUUCUAAUGUAGGCGAUAAUGAGAAAAGAAGUUCCGAAAUUUUAUUUUAUUUCGAUAGAGAAUAAGUAUGAAGGCUCAAAUAUGAAUGUAAGAAGUGUGAGGUGAAUUAUGUCUGUGGAACUUAAUUAAUUACAAAAAAAGGCAAUAAACAAUUUUGAAUACCGGAAUAGGAAACAUUCAACAUGGUAUAUUAUUAUGACAAUACAUUUACAAAAAAUACUUAACAAAAAAAAUGUAUAGCAAAUAAAAAAAAACCUAACAUUCUCAUGUAUGAAAAAUGUUAUUGAUAGAAUCGUAAAGAAGCAUUUGACGAGAAAACAGGACAGUGGCGCUAGGAAAUCAAUUUAAAAUGUUCAUUCAAUUUUUAAAAGUUGUAUUUAAUGCACAUUUUAUGGAUAAGCAAAUAAUCAAAUGCUCAAUUUUUUUUACAAAGAUGCGGAAUUUCUGCCGAGUAUUAUGUUUUCACUAUUGAAUUCACUAUUCGCUGAGCGUGUGGAUUGAGGUUUACACUUUAAUUAUUCCAACGACCGCUAUCGCGCAUUCAUAUGGUGCAGUGAUACUGAUCAUGAUUAGACAAUUACGUAACAUAUACCACACCAAAAAGUAAAUAAUUUACUUGAAACCUUUAAUUAGGUGCCACUCGAAAGAUCAGAGCAAAAGGAACUGUUGGUGAGGAAAUACGCAAGUGGGGACAACCCAGGUUUAUAACCUUGGUCGUCCUCUUAUAUAAUGACCCCAUCGACCGACCCAAGAAAUCGAGUGUGGUGCUUCCAAGCGGUAAACGCCCUAAAUAUUGAUCGUAUGUUUUGUUUUUUCUUGAACAGAGGAAUAUCUAGAUCCAUAUUUAGAACUGGCCAUUGUAAUUUAUCGCAUUCAAUUGUUUUAUUACAAAUAUAAUUAAGUCCUAAAUCUAUGUAUGAAUAUUACGAAUUGAAUUUUUUUUUGUUUAUGGUCACAACUUCAUGGUCUAUGGAGAUUAUAAAAAAUAUAAUAAUUUUUUUUCGAAUGAAAAGAUUAUAAGAGCAUAAUAUAUAGUCUUUAAUUAUUUUUCAGGUUUUAAAUUAGUGUAUUUACAAGAGGUAAUACCGUUAUUUUUGUAUCCGGCGUGUGACUUGGUAGAUUGUAAUUACGAUCUCGACAAAUCAAAAAUGGCUCCCCAAGAUCCAGCAGAUAAAGUUGUAAAUAUAAUAAUACACUUGUUUACAACUUUAAAUUAUAUUUAUGUAGUUUCAAUGAUGUUUUUUUUUUAUUUAAGAAUUAUUUGUUAAUAAAACUACUUAUAAUAGUUUACAGUAAACGUGCAUUAGUGUGUACAGGUAUAUUCAACAAUAAUAUUAAUAUUAUAAUUUUUUAAAUUAAUAUCAAUUGCAUCUCCUAAAUUAUAAAAUAUAUUAUAUUCAAAAGUAAAAGUCUACAAUCUAUAAUUUCAGGAAGAUCAAAUUAAAACAAUAACUUCCCAAGUAAAGAGUAGUAAAAUACUUAUGAGUAUAAGAAUUGGAGUAGCCUCUUCAAAAUCAUUUGAUUACCCUCUUACAGCAGAUACAUACACAACUGUAAGUGCAUUUUUUAUUUAAAACAGAAUACAGCCACUGUCUUAGAUAAUUGAAUGUAUACCUGUAAGAAACAAUGAAACUUUCAUUACGAAAAAAAAACGCUUCUGGGCGGAGUUCAGCAGAUAGUGAUGCUUUGUUGGCAAUUAAUAAGUCAUAUUAUAAUAAAAUAAUUAAAUAGGCUUUCUAUAUUUUCCAUAAUAAUAUUUGUUUAAUGUUGUACCGAUAUUCCCGGUUUUCAAAUGAUUAAACCCAGUUUUAUUGCCUGGAAAAUUCUUGGAAAAAACAAAAUAAUACCUCCCUAAAAUACCUUUAAAAGCUAAUUGACUUUUAGAAACAUUUCAAUUGUAAUAUCCCAAAUCGAAAAAUCUCCUCUCUAAAGUAUAGCAUUAGUUGAAUUUUUUUUAGAAAUAUUGCUAUUAUUAUAAGUUGGAACAAAAUUGCUGGUAGAAAUGUUGUCCGCAGGAAAAAAAAAGGCCGUAAUAUAUUUUAACUAAUACAUACAUUUCUUAGAUUUUCCCGUUUUUCCACAGUUUUUUUUGGUUUUAUCAUGUUUGAUGAGAUAAUUCCUGAGGAACUCUCUUCGCUCUACUCAGAAUCUAAUGGAUGUUAGAAUAAUAACUUUAAUUUAUAAUGGAAAUAAAACAAUUACUUCUGUUAGAAAUUAUAAAAAAAUUUUUAAAGGAUCAUUAUCCAUUGAACUUCGCUCAGAAUAGUUUUUUUGUCAGCGAUGGUUUAUUUUUGCUUACAGGUAUACAUUACUUAAUUAUUAUAAGUUAUAAUAUAUUUAAGGUAGACAGUGGCUGCACCCAACCCUAUUAUCCUAGGAUGUCUUUUUAUUUUCAGUACUGUUCAACGAAAGCGAGUCAAUCUCGACGAUUCUGUAUAGAUAAUUUAUCAAAUUUCUACAAAAAAGUAAGAAUAUAUUUUUAUUUAAAACAUUUUGUAAAUUUAAUUUAUUUUUUAUGUUUACACCAAAAAGUCAUCGCAAUAUUAUUGCCAAUAAUAUGUGUAGUCUUGAUAAAGGUUCUAUUAAUAUUGAACUAAAUAAAAGUGUCAAGGUAUGUAUUAGCUUUUCAAUGAAUCUAAAACGAUUCGAAAUUUAGCAAACAAUGUAUCGGGUUUACAAGGAUGUUUAUUUUUUUUUUUUAUUUUUUUUAUGUGAAAACAUUUACUUCCAAAAAUCAUACACCGAUUAUAGUGUAAAACAUCUUUUCUAAAAAAAAAUGCUCUCAGUGUGGUAUUUUAAAGAAGACGAUUUUUAAAAAUAUAGUUAUAAUUUGAGAUUAUGAGGAAAACCUCAUUAUUCAAGUUAAAAAGAUUGAGAGAUAAAAAAUAAUUUCGUUAUUGUUAUCAUGGAAGCGCAAAUCGUUGUAAUCAUUUUACCAUAUUAUGACAUACAAUAUAACGUUGACAAAACUAAUCUAUCAAGUGUACUCCUUUCAGAAUCACUUUUUCGCUAGUAAUAGUCUGUCGUUGAUUACAGAUAUACAAUAAAUUCCCAUCUGCAUCCUACUUUCAAAACUUCCCACCUACAAAUGUACAUGCACCCACGUGCAGAGUACGUCCGUCUUUUUUUGGUUUUGAUUUUUAUAUAGAAAUAUUUUACCAAAUUCAAAUUUAACAUUUUAUUAAAAAAAAAAUUUAUUUGGUUAUUAUCUGAGGAAGUCAAUUUUUUUUAUUUUUCAUGUAGUUCUCUUAAUUAUAAUUAUUAAGAAAACUUGGAAAAGAAUACACAAAAACGGGAAAUUUUAAGAAUUAAACAUUAUUAUCAAUUUUGUUUUUAUUGUAAUUCGGUUCAAAAUAUUCGCUGAGUCAUGACAUUUCUACUGAAAACUUAAAUUUAAUAUUUGUAGAUAUAAUAAAAUAAUUAAAACGCGACGUUUUUUGAAAUCUACAGGAAUUGAAUAUUUUCAAAAUAAGUUUUUUUUUUUUUGGAUUUUUUAAUUUAAUUUGUUCAUUUUACUAUGAUGUGUGAUUUAUAUAUUCUCUCUGUAAAUAACUUUUCCAAAUGAAAUCUGGUUCCGACUUAUAAAGUGUUUCACAAAUAAUUUUCUGUAUUUGAUGCAUUAGAAAGGACAUUUUUAGAUUUUUAAAUAGGUAAAAUUUCAAAUAUUUACAGAUUUCAAUGUUUUAAAUCGUUGCAAAUCAUGUUUUCUUGAAGAAAUAUUACGUUAAUUUCAUUAUAACAAAAAAAAAUGAUUUUUUUCGUUAUCAUAUUUAGCUAUAGACAAAAAUGUGGUUUUUGAUGUCUAAAGUAUUUUUCAUACUGUAAUUGGGAAAAACCAAAAAGGACGAAAAAUGCGAUUUUUUUUAAAAAACGGCAAAAUGAUUUCAUAUUUUAAAUUUUCACAGGAUAUGUAUUUUACCAUAAAUGUUGCUCCAAUAGAUAUUUAGAUAUAUGUAUAAAGAACGGGAAAAAUUUAUGAUAAUUAUUUAUUUAUUAUUUCUAAUUGAGUUUUUAUAAUGUAAUUUUUGCCACGAACAACACUCAUCAGACUAGAGUACACCAUACGAUUGACGGGUUACAACUUAACUGAUAGCACACCGUCGAAAUUAUAUAAUAAUUUAAGAAUACUAAGUAAAAAUUAAUUAAAUUUACACAUAGAAUUAUUCAAAACAAAAAGGACAUAUAUUGUUUAUUUUUGCUCAAAUUAUGGCAGAAACAAAUUGUAUUGUAUAAAAAAAAAAUAACAAAUAUUAUAAUGAUUGUUAAUAUUAUUCGUACAUAAUAACAGUAAGAUACUAAUGAAAAGAAAAAAAAAUGAUAUUAAUAUGUAUCGCACUUAAUAAGCGUAUAACCAAAAAUAUGUGUUUUAUGUAAAAUAUAUUUUAGUGUUUUCGUUACAAUAGGUAUAUAAACUUAGCUUGCUAAAUUUACACUUAUCAACUUGUAAUGAAAAAAAAAAUGAAUGGUAGAUAUCACCCACCUGAGGAACAACAAUGACAGCUGGUUUCACCCACCCGACGAUGCCAAAAUCACAUAGUACAACCCACUUACAACAGUGGCCACACCCAUUCCCAGUAUCAGUUUUGUUUUGUAUUAUGACACAACAAUUUUAUUAUUUAAAAUUAUAUAUAUUUUACUGUAGACAAUUUUGUCCACCAUUAAUAUUGCUCCGAUUUUCAAUUGUAGCGUCUUUUCUGAAAGGAAAUCGGCGUAGGUGAUACUUUAAAGAGGCCAUUUUUUCUAUGAUAUGACAUAGUUAUCGUUGAUAAAACAGCACUAUCAACUGAACACCGGUCAGACUGGUUUUUCGUUACCAAUAGUUUAUCGUUGCUUACAAGUAUACAUUAAAUUAUUUAUAACAUUGGCUGCAACCUGACCCCAUUAUUCAAGGACAUCAUUUUUUUUUUUUUUAUAAGUAUUUUAGCAUGUAAUUUUGACGAAAAUUUUGAAAAUACUAAACUUCAAAAUGUGUUAUAUAGAACUUCACUCUGAAUCGUUUUUUGUUAGCAAUAGUUUAUCAUCACUUACAAAUAUAAAUUUGAAAUACAUAAUGUAUCCUACUAUUACAACUUCUCUCGCAAAAACAGCUGCGGCAUACGUCUCCAGUAUCAUCUCUCUUUUUCAUUUUUUUUAUACAUAAUAUCAUAUUCAUACAGAUUUUAAAUAUUGACAGAACACUUAUAUAUACUUUUUCUAGACGUAGUAGAACUUUUAGAACAUUUGACUAAUUUUUAAUCUAGUUAUAGACACAUUCAUUUUAUCUCCUUUUUUUCUUUUUUCUUUUAGGGUAAAUUAGUCUCGACGCACAAUUUGGCUGGAGUUUUUAUAUUCAAUUAUGAUUUUGAUGAUUAUAAAUGUAAAUGUGGUUGUGGAUGUUAUGCUGCAACCACUGCAAUUAGUGCUGGUGUACAAGGUUCUCCUGAGCCUGAAUUGACCAAAUGUAAAGACUGGACAAUUCAAUUUAAUGAUCGAAAAUAA